AAAAAUUGAUGUUAACUAAAUUGCUUUAGAAAUCAAGAUAAGCAAGAUUUUGUGGUAAUGAUAGGAGAUGAAUAUUUAGUUUAUAUAAAGAAUUCUGUAAACUAUCAUGUAGCUAAUUCUUAAGAUCCAAAUAAUAAAUUUUCUACUCCCUAAUUCAAUUCAAGCAUUCUUGAUUUUGAUAAAGAUUAGGAGAAUAAUGUUUAAAUGCACUACUAUUAAGGUACAAUGAAAGUUUAAAAUUGUUUAGGCAAAUUCAUGCCAGAUGAAUUGGAUUGGACUGAUGUUUGGGAAACAGCUUAUUAAAAUUUUACAUAACCAGAAUACCUCUAUCAUUUUUGGUUUUGUGGUGUCCUUUAUUGUUUUGAGCCAGAAUGGACUAUUAAUUAUCCAUAUGAAAAGGGACCACUUUCUCCAUUGUUUAGAGGAGAACAUGCAUUAAGAAGAUAUCCUACAGGUGAAGAAAGGUAUAUAUAGUAUUUAUUUUAUAUUAUAGAUGCAUAGCAUGUAAAUUAUGUUAAAGUGCUUGUCCUGCUAGAGCUAUUACAAUAGAAACAGAACCAAGACCUGAUAAUUCAAGGUAUCAUUGUUUUAUCAUAUAAAUUAAGACGUACUGUAAGAUAUGAUAUUGAUAUGACCAAAUGCAUUUAUUGUGGAUUCUGUUAAGAAGCAUGUCCAGUUGAUGCUAUUGUGGAAGUACUUAAUAAAUUUCUAUUUAAGGGUCCAAAUUAUGAAUACACAACAUAUCAACAUGAAGAUUUAUUCUAUGAUAAAUUUAAACUAUUAGAAAAUGGUGAUAAAUGGGAACCUUAAAUUGCAAGAAACAUUGAAUAUUUAAUUACAAGAAAAUAUUGA